GGUGCGUAUUACGUAAGGUGGCGAUUUGAUUUCAAACUACCAACAGAACUGGUACUUUGCUAUCAGUCUCUUAGAUGGAUGGACAUGGAUGGGGAGCAACAAUUCAGCCUUCAUCAAGGCGUUAAACGCCUAACAAUGUCAGCUCGAGACAUCUCACAGGACCGACUCGUUGCGAUAUUUCAGGUGGUGCCAGACACUUUGUACCUAGAGGAUGACAUCACAGGGGAGACCUUUUUCCCGGACCAGAGAGGGCACUUUGGAACAGUUCGCAUGAGAGAUAGGGGCUCAUUUGCUGUGUUGGGGACAUUUAAAGAACAUGUUUUGGCAAGUUCCUCAUCUACUACACCAUCUUCUAGUUCGACGCCCACACAGCCCUGUCGCCCAUGGAUGAGCAGUGUCACGCACCCAACCAAACCUCAAAACCCAACUCCAAGAGCCAAGUCUGUCCGAAGACCAAUAUAUGUCUCAGAAGUGGACGAUUUUGGGAAAGUGUCAGAAUGCAUUACACCAUGUGUGAUAACAAAGGCGUCGCCUUGCCAGACACACCUGAGACAAGAGGCCUUGAGUUUUGGAAAAUGGCUACCAGGAAAUUCUAUGCUAUUCGAACAGAAGACCUGGCCAAAACCAAGUCUGGAAGGCUUGACACUACCAUCAAACGGAAGAGGGUCGAUCCAGGAGACAAUGAAGUGCUGGAGAGCCUGCAAGGUGUAGAACUGGAAAUAAAGAAGUCCUCUGCCCGAGUGUUUGAAGAAGUUGAUGGAAAAUUUGAGGAGCUAUCCAUUUCUCUUGGUAGCAUCAAUGCUAGUUUAUUGCAGGUCAUGGAACAAUGUGAAAUAUUAGGUGAAGUUAAGGAAACGGUGUGUGAGCUGUCUCAAUCUAGUGUUAUUAACACUUGCCUCCGACAGGCAGUAGCAUGUAAAAUCUGCACAAACACACCCACUACUUUGCUUGCCAUCACAGCAUGCUGUGGGCAGGUGGCAGGCUGUGCCCCAUGCGUGCAGACAUAUCUACAUGAAAAUGACACUUGUAUCCUGUGUCAGAUGCCCAUGUUUGCCAGUAAACUGGUAUUUGUGAGAUUUUUGGGUGAUGUUUUGGCACUACUGAAGUGAACUCCUCACAGUUGUUAAUGUGCACAAAUCGGUGUACCUUGUUAGUGAUGGCUAAAUCUUGUUCAGCAGAGAUGUCAUGUCAUUUAUUUGAGUAAUGGUAUGUUUGUGUUACUAUUGACCUUUGGUAUGGUUUGUUUGUGCUACUACAGACCUUUUUUUGUUCAACCAUGUGUCUGAGAGCUUCUCUCUUAGUCAUAAUGUACAGGUAUCCCAUGUUCUUUUCCCCCUGUAUGGACAGUACCUGUAUGUACCUUUUUGUAAUGGCUACUAAAGUUUCUCAGAAGUAA